AUGUCCAACAACGACGUGGCCGCUGCCGACAAGCCUUGGGGUCGACGUCUCGUCGUCUGCUGCGACGGAACUUGGCAGUCGAGUGUCACCGACAAGGAAAACGUACCAUCCAAUGUCACAAAGCUCUGCCGAGUCCUAGACCGCUUUGGCACAGACAGGAAGAACCCCAACAAGAAAUGGCAUCAGAUUGUCUACUACGACAGCGGGAUUGGCACCGGCAACCUCAGUGGCACGGAGUCGACUCGUCAAGGCGGAACAGGCGCUGGCCUUGCGGAGAACGUCAUUGAGGCGUACAACUUCAUUGCCCUCAAUUACGAAGAGGGUGAUGAGAUUUGCUGCUUUGGGUUCUCGCGGGGUGCGUACACGGCGCGAGCGGUCGCGGGUCUAGUCACGGAUAUUGGCGUUAUCCAACCACUUGAGAUGCAAUUCUUCCCUCAAGUGUACCGCGCCUACAUGAACAACCACGAUGGGAGAACGCGGUUCAAGGAUUCGGAUCCUUGGAAGAGGCUCGUUGGCGAGCUGCCCACAGCAAAAGGCGAACCCGUGAUCAAGUUCAAGCCCAACGACGAAAGCAGGGAGAUCAAGGUCAUUGGGGUUUGGGACACGGUGGGUAGUUUGGGAGUGCCUGACAUUGGACCUUUCAACAAUGGAAACCUGCGAGCGAAGUUUGGCUUCCACAAUGUCAAACUUUCCGGCCAUGUUAAGCACGCAUACCAUGCUCUGGCUCUAGAUGAGCGUCGCGCUGCUUUCCGACCCACAUUGUGGUACAUUGAUCCAAAGAGUGUGCCUAAGCCCGAACUGAAGCAAGUCUGGUUCCCUGGCGUUCACAUCAACUGCGGAGGUGGCUCUGACGACGGCUUCUCAAAGAUGGAGGGCGACAUGGAGAACAUCUCCGUGGCUACGUUCACUUGGAUGCUUCAAUGCAUCGCCCCUCACCUUGACAUCAAACAGCAAGCGUUUGACGACUACAUGAACCAGUACACAUCGUGGCUAACAAAAGUGCGUUACAACUGCACCUACCACCACCCCCAAACCGAAGGCUGGAGCGAGUGGCUCUGGAAAAAGGUCCCGGACGUCCCCCUCAUCUCCAUCGGCGAGUCCAUCGACCCGUUGGCAGCCCCAAAGCGCGACCCAGAACACCAACACACCACGUUCGACUUCGGCUGGGGCGUCGGCCCCAUAAUCGACAGCUUCAACAAACUGUACCUCGCCAACGGCACCUACCCGCGGCAGCCGGGGCAUGAGAUGAUGGAAGUGAACGGCGCCUGGGUGCCCAUCAGAGGCAUCCAGGGCGACGAACAGCACCCGCCCACCGGCUUCGAAACAAACGAGUACAUCCACCCCCUCGUCCACUACCGGCGCACCGUGCGCCGCGCCCGCAGCUCGCCCGAAUGGGACCAGUGGACCUACCACGGCACCGCGCACCCGCUGGCCAACUGGACGCGCUCGCGCCGCGUCGACGACGACGGACGGUCGCGCUACUGGUGGCACAAGACGGGUGAAGACGACGCGCAAGAUGCCCGGUGGCUGCCUGAAUGGGCCAUUUUGCCCCACGGGACGGCGGAGAGGAACUUGGAGCGCUCGUGGUACGAGGCUGCGCAGGCCAUGGGGCGGAGGCUCAGCACGGCGCAGGCGGCGCGGGAUCGUGGGCAGGAGGAGUACCUGUCUGUUUUGGAUCGGGAGAUGGGUUUCAAGUCGGGCGCGAAGCCGCAGAACGCGUGA